AAUAAAAAAAAUCUUGUAAUUAUUAGCAAAACAUACAAGGGAGUAAAAAGAAAAGAGGAAGUACAGCACAACGAUUGAAGAGACUAUAUUGCUCUUCGUCUCUUACAUCUAGAAACCCCGUUCUUCUUCCUUCCUCCUUCCCCCAAAUCGAUUUUCGAGGAUCUUUUUGGGCCAUUUUCCACUAUUUCCAGAUUCCACUCGCUAAUUCAUUCGCAGAUAACCAACAUGUAUAAUAACGUGGGAGUUCAGCCUGGGGGCCAAGCUGGCCAACAGCCACAGUUUCCUCCCCAAGCUAGUCCAUUUGGGACUGCUUUCACUGGAGCUGGUUCUGGGUUGCUUCGCAGUGGAUUGAGUGCAUAUGGAGAGAAAAUAUUUGGUUCGAGCUCAGAGUAUGUGCAAAGCAAUAUAAGUAGGUACUUUGCUGACCCGCAAUAUUAUUUCCAAGUGAAUGAUGACUAUGUGAGGAACAAGUUGAAGGUUGUUCUGUUUCCUUUUAUGCACCGGGGGCACUGGACGAGGAUCACUGAGCCUAUGGCAGGCAAAAUCUCCUACAAACCUCCAAUUUAUGAUAUCAAUGCACCAGAUCUAUACAUUCCUAUGAUGGCAUUUCUUUCCUAUGUUGUGCUUGCUGGAUUAUCCUUGGGGCUGAAUGGAAAGUUUAACCCAGAAACUGUAAACUGGCUGCUCAUGAAAGGAUUAGUGGGGUGGUUUUUACAGGUUUUACUACUCAAAAUGUCGUUACUGUCACUCAGCAGUGGGGAAACACCAUUGUUGGAUAUCGUGGCAUACGCAGGGUAUGCAUUUACAGGCAUAUCUUUGGCUCUUGUUGGAAAACUAUUGUGGAGACACUCUUAUUACGUCACGUUACUCUUGACCUGCCUUAGCAUGGGAAUUUUUCUGGUGAAGACUAUGAAGAGAGUUUUGUAUGCAGAGGUGAGGAGUUAUGACUCAGGCAAACAUCAUGUGCUCUUGCUCUUGAUUGCAUUAGCUCAGUUUCCACUCUUCUUGUGGCUUGGGAACAUAACUGUCAACUGGCUGUUUUAGCCCCUAAAUAUCUAGCUGCUUGUUGUAUAGCUCUAGCCUGUGUGGUGCGUACUUGGAGACCUGGUUGUCCGGACCAUACUGUUGUCUGUUAACAGUAUAAAAUAGGAGUUAUUCAUUGUCUAUAGGAUCAAACUGUUACCUCUAAUGUUGUUAUAUUGAUAAUUUUUGGUAAUUCAGGAAUAGAUAUGAUUUUCAUAUGCAGUUGAAUUUUGGGUAAUUCAUGCCGGAAAGACAAUCAAUGCCUUUUUAAGCGUAUAUGAUUAUUAGCUCUGUUAAUUUA